GCUUCCGUUCCAAGAGAGCGGGGCGGCAUCCCAAACGGAAGGUGGUGGUUGUGGGUGCAGAAGCUGGUUUGAAAGUGGGGGUCGGGCCGGACCGUCGUUGUUUGUCGCCGUGGCCCCGCUUCCGGGCUAGGCCGUUCCUGCCUGUCUCUGCCCCGCCUUCCUUCGGUUCUCUAGGUCCCAGUCCCGGCUUUCAGCGGGACUCGCUCCCCGCCUGCCCCCGCCCGCUGUCGCUUCGGACGGCUCUGCGGCCCCGCCGCCACCAUGUCCCUGCACGGCAAACGGAAGGAGAUCUACAAGUAUGAAGCGCCCUGGACCGUCUACGCCAUGAACUGGAGCGUGCGGCCUGACAAGCGCUUUCGCCUGGCUCUGGGCAGCUUCGUGGAGGAGUACAACAACAAGGUUCAACUUGUUGGUUUAGAUGAGGAGAGUUCAGAAUUUAUUUGCCGAAACACCUUUGACCAUCCGUACCCCACCACAAAGCUCAUGUGGAUCCCUGACACAAAAGGAGUCUAUCCAGACCUGCUGGCAACUAGUGGUGACUAUCUCCGUGUGUGGAGGGUUGGUGAAACAGAAACAAGGCUGGAAUGUUUGCUAAAUAAUAACAAGAACUCGGAUUUCUGUGCCCCCCUGACUUCCUUUGACUGGAAUGAAGUGGAUCCUUAUCUUCUGGGUACCUCAAGCAUUGACACAACUUGUACCAUCUGGGGGCUGGAGACUGGGCAGGUGUUGGGGCGAGUGAAUCUUGUGUCUGGCCAUGUGAAGACCCAGCUGAUAGCCCACGACAAAGAGGUCUAUGAUAUUGCAUUUAGCCGAGCUGGAGGUGGCAGGGACAUGUUUGCCUCUGUGGGCGCUGAUGGCUCAGUGCGGAUGUUUGAUCUCCGCCAUCUGGAACACAGCACCAUCAUUUAUGAAGACCCACAGCAUCACCCACUGCUUCGUCUUUGCUGGAACAAACAGGACCCUAACUACCUAGCCACCAUGGCCAUGGAUGGAAUGGAGGUGGUGAUUCUGGAUGUCCGAGUUCCCUGCACACCUGUUGCCAGGUUGAACAACCACCGAGCAUGUGUCAAUGGCAUUGCUUGGGCCCCACAUUCAUCGUGCCACAUAUGCACUGCAGCGGAUGACCAUCAGGCUCUCAUCUGGGACAUCCAGCAAAUGCCCCGAGCCAUCGAGGACCCUAUCCUGGCUUACACAGCUGAAGGAGAGAUCAACAAUGUGCAGUGGGCAUCAACUCAGCCUGACUGGAUCGCCAUCUGCUAUAACAACUGCCUGGAGAUACUCAGAGUGUAGUGUUAGUGGCGACUCACCCGCAGGGCAGGGGUUUGUGUGUUUUCCACCUCUGCCCCACUUCAAGUAAGAAGAAAUGUAUUUCCAGUCCAGUGGCCAGUAUGUCUGUUGUUGCUUUGCACCCACUGUUUCCGGAAGCUGCUCUAUGAGUGUCCAGCCAGUCACCCAACAUUCUCUGUGCCGGACUCAGUGCUGUGUGGCGCUUCCUCAGCCAGGGGCUGAAUUUUAACAUUUUUCUCUCUUUUUUUCCUUUGUUUCCUCGGUUAAACAUGUCUGUAUAUUUGUUUGUUAACUGUUAUGUUAAUGAGCCAAACAAGCGCUGGCUCUGUUUAUAUCCAUCUGGCCUAGUGUCUGUCUGUUUGCUGCCCAAGGCAGUAGUCCAUGUCUUGUCCCUAUCCUCGUCUCCGUGUUAGCACUUAAGUGGGAACAAAUACCAACCUGAAGUUGUCUUUCUUCCUGGUGUCAGUGUCUUUAACAAAUUUCAACUUUGUAUAUUUUUUAUCUAUCAGGCUAAUUUUUUAAUGAAAAUAAUAUCACUGUCCUGGUUUCUUCUUUUGUUUUAUAGUCCUCCCCUUUUGCAUCUUCCUCUCUUCUCUCAGUGCCUGGAGCAGGUACUGGGUCCUUGACCCUAUGAGCAGUUUGCCUUCCUGAGUCAUUGCUGGAGUGGCACAUGCCUGAUCAGGAGUCCCAAACCACCCUGGUGCUCUGAAGUCUACUAACUUUUCUCAGCCUUCUCAAGGCUCACAGGACAGACAAGCUCCUGUGUCUGGCCUCACUGGUACCUUUUGGGCACAUGGUAGAGCUGAGAUAGGCAGCUGAUUGGGGGCAGGGGGUUAGGCUGGAAAGAAAUUGUUUCACAAAAGCUGAACUUAGAGCAUAUUUCCAGUACCUAGUUUCAGAGUUUGUUUUUCCCUUUAGUAGUAAGCCCCAGGCCACUCCUUUCUGGGACUUGAAUGAUAAGCAAGAAUGAUCUUUAGGCUGAACUUUGGUAUUUCUCUUUAUUGAGAUUCCUGUGCCUGGUGGAAUAUUGGUUCCUCUUUGGAUUGAGUGCUCUGAGUGAGAGAAUCUCCCUAAGAGGAAAUGUCUAUGUGUCUGACACUGUACAGGUUCUUUAGCAGUGCGAAGACAGGCAGCUGUCCUUGGGGAUGGACUAAUUGGCUAUAACGAUACAGAGCCAUUAAGUACCUAGCUUCAAAAGAAUCAUGGGCUCUAGGGUCCGUCAGUGAAAAGGUGUACUCACACCUGUCAGACUCAUUCCUACCCCAGUUUACUUUCUGGACAGUAUUGAACUUGUAGUCUUCUGUAACCUGUUGACUUACAGGCUGCAAGUGUCUAUUUCCGUUAUAUACAUAGGUUUCAUGGAGGGGGCUUGUGUGUAAUUCUGACCUUAGAUGAAUCCUUAGGGUGGACAGAGUUUGGAACUUGCACUAAGGAGAGUUUGCCUGGUUUAUCAUGCUCUGUCAAGUUCCUGAAGGUUUUUGGAACCUUCUGAGUUGCUCACCCGAGAUUAGGAGAGUAGCAGGCCUGACAGUGGUUUUGUCCACUUAAGUUCUUACCUGCUCAGGAAAUAAGUUAACUUCAUUCUUCUGGUUCUUUAAACUUCUGGUUGACUUUUCCCCACAGCUGAUGUAGUUACAUACCAGAAGUUACAGCUUGCUUUACUAUGCAGGAGCUUGUCCCACAGGGAGGGGCUUUUUGGAUGGGGUAUUUCCCUCUUUGAGCUUCAUGCUUUGUUGUUCUGAUUAUGGGUUUUUGGGUGGCCUUCUCCUGCAUUUACCACCAGAUUUUUCACUGCAUCAAUGGGAGAUACAAAGCAAGCAGUUCUAGGUCAGACCCCUCCUCUGCUUUUAAUUGUGUUUGCUAGUGGUUACAGGAGCCUCCUGUCAAUGGUAGCAAGGUUAGCUGCUAGCUGCUGUCCUAGGAAGCCCCAUUUAUUUCUGUGGAUGAGUGAUGGGAGUCUGAGUGGUAGCGGUGGCUGGACCUGCUUGGAAGUGGUGGUUCCCUCACUGAAUUCUUAGUGGACUUAAUCCUUGUCUGAAUAGCAAGGAAAUUUGUCAGCUGGAACUGAAAAAUGCUAAUUCAGAAACUUAAGCAGCAGUGGUUAUUUGCAUAGAUUUGAAUGAGGGUUUUUCCUUGCUCUGUGGACUCCCAGCCCUGUCAUCCUCCGGCCCUGCAGUGCAGUUCUGUUCUCUGCACCCAUCUGGAGCCCACAUGAGAUUCUCCCGCUCCUUCAGCAAGCAUGAUGGGCCCAGUUUCAGGUCACCUUCUCUUUACACCUCAAGCAGAUGGCCUCUUGGCUGAGGAAGGAAUUUCUCUUGUUUGAAGAUACAGAUCUUCUAGCUAGCUGUGCCCCAUAAACAGGUCUGUUGUAGUUUCAGAAGCAAGUCUCAGUUGUUCAGUUUUCAACCUAACAGCCAAUGAGAUUGGUGGAGAGCUCUGAUCUGAUCUCCUCAAGCAGCUGCUAGGGCUUUAUGUGGAGCCACCUCUGGGCACUGGGGCAGCUGUGAUAGCCCCUCUGAUGCUCUUAACAGGCCAAGCUAUAGACACAAACACUUCUGCCCUGCUGAAGGGCAGAAAGCUGGAUCAGUUAGGCCUGAGAGCCUGACUAAAUGGGUCCAUGGCAUUCAAGGACAUGAGCCUUACACUCAAGAGGUUGGAACCCUCUCCUUCCCAGAAGAACUAUCCUUCAAGGUCAGGACUUAAAGAGGGGCAAUGUUUGAUAACUGGGUGACAACUUCAUAUCAGAUCUAGGAUCAGCUCUCAGAGAAUUAGCUAAGAUUCAGUAAGAACAUAAGAAGUCUAGAGUCCUACAACAUUUUGUCGAUAGUUAUGGCUGGAAUUUUAUAAGAUUUAGGAUGUAGGAGUAAGUCAGUGGUAUUUAUUUGGAUCAAGGGAGGAAAUAUUAAAGGGCAGAUAAAGUCUGAAGUGGGGAACUAUUCAGACUUGUGUGGCUGUGGAGUGAAACUAUGCCCUUAGACCAGUCACCCUUCCUAGACUGUUCACCAGGCAUCUGUGGUGCUGGGUAACGGUGGUACAGUGUGACAGCUCAGGGGAGGAGCCCCUCCCUGCAGCAGGCAGCCAUAGGUGAAAAUUUGCAAGCAUGGGUUUUCCAUGGCAAUUCCAGACCAUAGUUCCUCUUAGUUGUAGAUUUGUACAGAGGUGGUAAAGACUCAAAUAGACCUUUCCCCCUUCUUUUCUCUUUCUCUUACCGUUACACUGUAGAACUUUCUCCUUGCUGCAAUAUGACUCUGAAUUCCUAGGCUGUAA